AAGCAGGUGGGGGGUCAGUAGAUCUCUUCAGCUGAGAAGGAAGACCUCAGACACCAGCAUGCACAGCCUUCCUCUGCUGCUACUCCUCUGGGCCGUGGGGUCUAACGGCCUCCCAGCAGCCACUUCCAGAAUGCAAGAGGAUGAUGAGAAGAUGGUCCAGAAAUACCUGGAAAGCUACUACAACCUGAGGACUGAUGGGGAACAAAUUGAAAGGAAGAGAAAGAGUGGCCCCAUGGUUGAAAAACUGAAGCAAAUGCAAGAGUUCUUUGGGCUGAAAGUGACUGGGAAGCCAGAUGCUGAAACCCUGAAUAUGAUGAAGCAGGCCAGAUGCGGGGUGCCUGACGUGGUUCGGUAUGCCCUCACUGAGGGAAACCCUCGGUGGGAGCACACACACCUGACCUAUAGGAUUGAAAAUUACACACCAGAUUUGCCGAGAGAAGAUGUGAACAAUGCCAUUCAGAAAGCCUUUCAACUCUGGAGUGCUGUCUCACCCCUGACCUUCUCCCAGGUCUCUGAGGGCCAAGCAGACAUAAUGCUGUCUUUCGUCAGGAGAAAUCAUCAUGACAACUCUGACUUUGAUGGACCCGAAGGACAACUUGCUCAUGCUUUUCAACCAGGCCCAUUGAUUGGAGGGGAUGUUCAUUUUGAUGAGGAUGAAACAUGGACCAGAGAUUUCAGAAAUUACAACUUGUAUCGUGUUGCUGCUCAUGAAUUGGGCCAUUCCCUUGGACUGUCUCAUUCUAAUGAUAUUGGGGCUUUGAUGUACCCCCACUACUUCCACAGUGGUGAUGUUCUGCUCUCUCAGGAUGACAUCAAUGGUAUCCAGACCAUAUAUGGACCCUCCACAAACCCCACCAAGCCAAAGGGCCCACAAACCCCACAAGUGUGUGAUAGUAAGCUAACAUUUGAUGCUAUAACUAUGGUUCGGGGAGAUGUGAUGUUCUUCAAAGACAGGUUCUACAUGCGUGUAAAUUCUCAUUACCCAGAACCUGAGCUCAAUUUCAUUGCUAUUUUCUGGCCAAAUCUGCCAAGUAGCCUUCAAGCCGCUUAUGAUAUUGUUGAUAAAGAUGAAGUCCGGUUUUUCAAAGGUGAUAAGUACUGGGCUGUUCAGGGGCAGGAAAUGCUUCCCGGAUACCCAAAGGACAUCUACAGGUCCUUUGGCUUCCCUAGAAGUGUGAAGAGAAUUGAUGCUGCUGUUUUUGAGGAAGAUACUGGGAAAACAUACUUCUUUGUUGCUAACAAGUACUGGAGGUAUGAUGAAGACAAGCAAUCCAUGGAUGCAGGUUAUCCCAAAUUAAUAGCAGCUAACUUUCCUGGAAUUGGCAGCAAAGUUGAUGCUGUUUUCCAGAAAGAUGGAUUUUUCUACUUCUUCCAUGGAACAAGGCAGUACAAAUUUGAUCCUAAAACAAAGAGAGUUUUGACUCUUGAGAAAUCUAAUAGCUGGUUCAACUGUGGACAAAAUUAACCAACCAUUAAUUUUGAAGAGAAAUGUUGAAUGUCAAUGUUGAACAGAAAAAUACAUUUCAAGAGCCAAAAAAAAAAUUUCCUGAAGAGCCAUAUUUUAAAAAAAUAUAAGGCUAUUAAGUAUAAUUUCAUUUAUACCUUAUUCUGCAUGCUUUAGAAUGCUAUGUUUUAUGUAGUGUUAUAAUUUAGUUUCACAAAUAAGUGCUAAGGAAGAUUAUGUUCAUGGCUUAUUGAUAUAUGUGGUCCAGUUUUGCAAAAAGAGAAGCUCUUUUUCAAGAUAUAAGACUCUGACAUCACACCUGGGGAGCAGCCCCACUGAUGAACAUCACCUCCCAAGAAAGAAAGAGACAAAGAUAUGAGUCUUCACCAGAGAAAAUGUAGUUCAAGAACAUAUGCACAGCCACUAGCUAGUAUUACCCUGAAAUUCAAGGGACAACUUUUGUUACAGAAAAUAAAAUGCUUUAUGUUUGGAAU